AAUUUUCAUCUUUUUUCCUGAAGGUCUUUGAGGCCCAACCAGUCUACUUCAUAAUCCAUAUCUCUGAGAUAUUGCUGAAAGCAGAAGUUUGACGAAUGAAUCCCUUGUGACCAAAAACACACAGAAUUUACAUGGCGACAAUGCCUACAAGUAACAGUGCCGUUCUGACAGGAUAAUUGACUUCUACGUCAUCCAGUCCUGAAAUUACAAAUGGCAUUGCUUCAUCCAGAUCAAGAUACUGAAAGAGUGGAAUCUGUUUCCACCCAAAUGAUCACCGAGAUUCCCAAAACUUUAAAUUGUAGUAGGUCAAAACUGAUUGUGCACUUGGAUUUAAAUAACACAGUUCUGCUGUUUGAUACAGUUACCAGACAAGGGCCCCGGAGAGCGCUCAGUUCCUUUCUAACCACUGUUACUUGGGGCCGGAUCAAUCAGGAAGGAAAGUGGGAAUGGCUGAGUAAAGUACCUUCCUUGAACCCACCCUGUGAUGGUGCUGUGAGCUAUUAUUCGCAGUUCGGGAGGCCAUUGGAUUUCACAGAGACUGGUGAUGGUUCCCUCUUUAAAAAGAUUUUUAUUGACCACCUACAGAAAGUAGAAUGGAUGGGUCCCCACAAUGAGCUUCUGUCUAUGACUGAUGAAGAUGGCAAAGAGUACCAUCAGAUCCUGCCAGCUUUCUUUGAGUUAAUUGAUUGUUUGUCAUCACAAGGCAGAGAAUUUGCCAUAGUACUUCGAACCUUUGGGUCGGAUUUGUGUAGAACAUUAAAGACCAUUCAGAUCACCCUGUCAGGUCAACAUCCUCAGUAUCAAAAUCUUCAAAUGAAACAUCUUCCAUUGAGAAUAGCACCGGGUAAAAUCCGUUGUAACAAAAAUAAUGUUGUGUUGACCUCGGGAUCUGAGCGGAUUUCUACACAAUCAGGUGCUAGAGCUCUGUAUAACUAUUUCUCUUCAUUGGAAGGAAUUGUAGGUUUUCAGGAUCAUUUUGACUGGUGGUCUCAGAAUAGCUUCUCAAAUGAAGGUGGUAAACCAUUCUGGAUUGAUCCUUCUGAAACUGGAAUACAACAUAUCUUUAUAGAUGACAAUAUCCGCCUGAAUGAUGCUGAGAGCAUUGUUCAUCCACAGGUUUUUGUGAAGGAUGGUGCUGGAACCAGAACUGCGGCAACCUCAGAGUUGUAUGAUAUUUGUCUCGUUCAGACAGACCUUCUCAGAGCCAUUCGUGACCGGAGUUACUUCAUCAAAUGUGUUCAACAAUGUGAAGAAAAUUACAGUAAAUACACUGCACUUUCAGAUUGAAGAUAUCCUACCUAAUAUAUUAUCAGGCUGAGAUAGGUGAAAAACUCAGGGCUUGUUUGAAAAUGAAACUGGAUAAUAAAGCUGUAUGUAAAUUUGUUUAUAUUUGGGACAAAAGUGAAGACGACAGAUAAAUUGGAUGAGUUGUAAAGAAAUAAUCACAGUGAUGUAUUAGUUUGAGAAAUGAUCUAUUAUUUAUGGUUACUGUGGAAAUUGUAAUAAGCUCGAUUCGCACAUCAGAACAUUGUUUGCAACAAGUCUUGUUCAUUUGUAUCGAACCAAGUCCAGACACUUAUGAUAACUGUAAGGAGUGAAUGUACAGAGAAACAUAUCAUAAAACCUAUAGAAACAAUGUAUUCUUUCAAAAUGACUAAUACCAGCUGUUAUUCCAUUGUUCUAUUUUUUUUAUUUCAAAACUGCCUUGAUUCACUGAUUCCCAAUGUGUCUGUGGAGACAAAGCAAGGAACACAAAUUUCACACAACCUGAACCAAGGUGUCCGGUAGAUUGUACACUGACAAAUCAAACACUAAGGUAUUGUGGAAAUUGGCUAUUUUUAAACAUUUUAUUAUGUUAAAAAGAAACCAUAAACUUUAUACAUAGAGAAUAAACUUAAUAUACAUAUAUGUAGUAAUUGGGGUAUCUUACAGUCCCAUACUUGAGGAUGAAGAAAAAUCCCUUUCUGAUUGUUCACUUACACAUCAAUCACACCAUUAUUUUUAAUUCGUAGUUCAUUAUUAAUUCUAAAAUCCUCACCAACUUUCAAACCCAGCAACUAACAAAUGAUACUUCAAAUCAGUACUAUCUGGGCAACAAUGGGGCUAUGAGACAUACAGGUAGUCCAGGCUCUUUCUACUAUAUUAUACACAUUAUGAAUGAGCUCCUAAAACUCUUAGUUCCCCUUUUAAAACUCAUUAUUUUGUUGAACUUCUACUAGGUGUGUUUUAGAAGCAGCCAUGCUGUAUCUGUUACUUGCAUUAGACUAAAACUGACAGGAGAGUACAGGACAUACAAACAUUACAGUUGCUUAAGGUACAUUAUCUGAAUUUUAUCCUCCACUUGCUUCAUAGGCUGAUGGCAACAGAAUGUGUCUUAAAACCAGGCCUAGAAAUAAUGGUUCCUGAACCCAAAAGUACAGGAUAUAAGCACCAACUUAACAUUGGGAUAUGUCACUUUCCACUGGGAUAAAACAUAGGAUCUUAGAGGGAGCUGAACAAUCCAGCGAGAAAUGUAACAGAAUAAUGCAAGAAGUUAGAUAAGACCUAUCUUGGGCACCGGAAGAAACUUUUUACCACGUUCUGGACGAUGAGGUGAGAUUCUCCCUACAGAGCAGUAAGUUGCCUGUUAAGGGGAAUUAUUGCUUGCUAGCAAACUGCAUGCUAAACAUUCUCAAUAAAGAAGUCAGAACACUCAUUUGACAACUUGCUUCAAAGAACCUAUAUGUUGGAAACCAGGCACCAGCCUGUCAGUGCAUACUCCAUGGCCACUUGCCAAAUGCACCCAUAGUCCACGGAUAUUGGGAUCUAAU